AUGGUUGUGGCCAGUAGUGCGUCGACUGCCUCGUCCUCGGCUUUACGCGAAGUUGGAUGCGACGUGUACGGUUUGAUACGAUCCUCGAUGCUUGCGAAGCUUGAGAACGAUCGCAAAUUUCCCUGCGAACUGCAGCUCUACCAGGCAUUCCUUCUACACCUGGAACUGGAGCUUUGGCACGACGAAGACGAGCCUUUCUGUCGCGCUGGGCGAUUGGCCAAUAUCAUACCAAGGUUUCUACUGCGACAAGCCAGGGAAACGCGGUCGGAUGCGACAAAAGUACCCGACUGGGGGGACAGCCCCGCCGACCUGGACAGAAAAUGGCUGGCCACCCGAUUUUGUGUCUACGAUAACCAACUCUCCAUGACCCUUGGUAUUAAAACCUCUACUUCGUUUUCAGCAUACCGGUGGCCGUCUCCACAGCCGAAGUCCCUGUGGCUGGCGCAAUCCGCUGUUGAAUGGCGUCGCGUUUAUCCCUCGCAUAGUCAUGAGUACACGCCGCGAGUCACGGACCUUCUGUCCUCACUUCCUGGGAUUACCAUCGCUAAGGGCUUCGUAGACCGGGAUCUCACUGUUAAGCUCGUGUUCCACCUACUUGGGGGGCUGAUAAUUGACCACAAAUCGUCCUCGCAAAUAUUCGCUCGCGGUAGUAUCGAGACAGGGCCCAGUAGUGUCCAGGAGAGAGAGAGGGAGCUGAAAUCCGCGAUCAGAAAUUUUGACCACGCAUUCCGCAACGACAUCUGCGCCUCUAACAUUGGCUCGUUCAUUGUGUCUUAUUUGACCAUGACGCUGAGUGUGUCUAUCGAGGACAUCGAAAUUCUUUUUGGUAGGGCGGGUUACGAGGAAUCUAAGGAGAUAUCCCAACUCAUGGAAAAUUGGGUAAAGACAGCUGGUGCCCGAGAAGCGAUAUGGAAUGCUGGACAGAUGCUACGAUUAAUCAAAUACUUGGGCCGCCUAACUAGCUUCCAGGUCGUCAUGGCAUAUCACGCUGGCUUGGUCCUGUUUGCAUACUCGGUCUUGACCCGUGGCCAGGGGCAAAUCCCCAGCGAAUAUGGCUUACCAAAUGCUGUACUCAAUGGAGGCGAGGAUGGUGGUGUCGACGCAUUCAUCCAGCAUGGACUCGCCGACCCAACGUUGCAAGGGGACUUCCGAGGAACCCAGCGAAUGUCUAUUCCCCUUCGUGAUACGGAAAACCUGAUAGAUAUUGUGUGCGAGAUCAUUCUCAACCGCACGUGCACUUGCGAGGAUAUCUCGCCACAAUUGGUAAAUGGCUUAGUCAAACUGCUGAAGGCAAAGAUGUCAUCAAGUCGACUACCACCUGCCGGGUCGCUAUUGUUGUAUGACGUUGAUGCCGAGCUUGGGAUGGUCCAUCAGUGGACUGGGGUGGUCUAA